AGUGGCUACAUCACCUCAUGGCUUUAUUCAAGCGGUGAGACGAGAAAGCCAAUACGAUCCGGUACCCAACCACACGAAGUUUCGCAUAAAGAGCCCUGACGAGGAAAAGGAAAGAAGAGAGAGAGUCAAAUGGCGGGGCAGAGCUGAAGCUGCAGCCCUAGUAGCCUACUAUGUAACAAGCCCCUCGUUGUCAUCAUUAGGUGCAUUAGGUGACAGGGUAGGUAUGUAUAUCUAGCACCAACUCCCCUGACUCUCUCUUACCCUUUCUUUUUUUUUUCUACUAAGUCUGUAUUGAUUGAUUACUUAAGUUUCGGUAUUUACCUAAGACUUGUAGGCUUUCUUUUGGUAACUCUAUCUGACUGAGACUUUACUUCAUAUUUCCUUCUUUCGAAACGUUUCCCGUAGACUUCAUCAUGGCUCAGUUUACUCCUGCUGAGUUGCAAAGCCUCAAGGCCCAAUACGAGAAAGCCGGCCAAAGCCACGUAUUCACCUACUUCGACUCCCUGGCCGAGCCCGAACAGAAUGCUUUCUUUGAACAACUCCAGAAGAUUGACCCCGCUAGAGUCCAAAAGCUUAGAGAGCUUGCACUAAACCCUCCCAAAGAAGAAGGACAGGCUGUAGUUGAACCCCUCCCAGACUCAGCUACUGCCAGUAUUAUCGAUUCGAGCCCCGAAGAUAUUCAAAGAUGGUAUAAUCUUGGUCUGGAGUUGAUUGGGAAGGGUGAGGUUGCAGUGGUCCUCCUAGCUGGUGGACAAGGUACUCGACUAGGAAGCAAGGCUCCCAAGGGAUGCUUCGAUAUCAAGCUACCCUCCCACAAGACUCUCUUCCAAAUCCAAGCCGAACGAAUCCUAAAAGUACAGGAGUUAGCUGCAAAGGGGGCCGCAGAUCCGAGCAAAGCUGUCAUUCCGUGGUUUAUCAUGACCAGUGGUCCUACACGAGGACCAACUGAAAGGUUCUUCAAGAAGGAAAAGCUGGAUGAGUUAAGUGAAGAGGAAAAUGCUUUCCGAGCGAAGGGUAAGCCUUACUUCGGCCUGGACCCUAAAAACGUGACGAUUUUCGAGCAAGGUGUGCUUCCCUGCAUCACAAACGACGGCAAAUUCAUGCUGGCAAGCAAGGGCAAGCUUGCUGUAGCUCCCGAUGGAAACGGUGGCCUCUAUAAAGCUCUACAAGAUGAGGGUGUGCUUGACAAAAUGCGCCCCAACAUCAAGCACGUCUAUGCAUACUGUGUCGACAACUGCCUAUCCAAGGUUGCCGACCCAGUUUUCAUUGGCUUCGCGGCCGAGAAGAAGGUCAAGAUCGGAACUAAGGUCGUAAGAAAGCGUGAUGCCCAAGAGUCUGUUGGUCUCAUCAUCUCAAAGAACGGAAGGCCUGAUGUAGUAGAAUACUCGGAGAUUGACGAUGCCACCUGCCAAGCAGUAGACCCCAAGCAACCCAGCAUCCUCAAAUUCCGUGCCGCCAAUAUUGUCAACCAUUACUACUCCUUCGAAUACCUUGACGGUAUGGGGGAUGCCGUGAACAGUCUACCCCCUCACGUUGCCAAGAAGAAGAUUCCCUUCUUCGAUACGGAGAAGGGCGAGGCAGUUGACCCCAAGUCGCCUAACGGUAUUAAGCUUGAGCAGUUCGUCUUCGAUAACUUCAAGUGGCUCAACUUGAACGAGUUUGCAUGCUUCGAAGUCAAGCGCGAGGAGGAGUUCUCCCCGCUAAAGAAUGCGGACCCGGCCAAAAAGGCUGAUGGAACAUUCGAAAAGCAACCUGAGGACAGCCCCGCAACAAGCCGAAGACAUAUCAAGGAACAAGGUCGACGAUGGGUUGAGGCUGUUGGUGCCACUGUCAAUAAUGGAGAUGUCGACGAAGGUCUUGAAGUCUCGCCUCUCACGAGCUACAGCGGUGAAGGCCUAGAGGCUUUCAAGGGACAGACAAUUGACAAGGCUACCAUUUGAUACGACGAUGACAUUACAUGAUGAACAAAGCCGGCGUGGAAUAACCUAUAAUAUUUAGGAUACAUAUACCACCCACCAAUCUGCAUUGCUGGGCCAACAUAUACCGGCCUAUAUGCGGUUCAAAAUAAAAUAAAACCCCGAUGAUCUAGAAUAAAAGGAUCCUAUAAGCAUAUUAUCUUAUAGUGAGACGUUAGAGUCCGAACUUGAAGAGAGAAGUAUAUAAAGUAAACUUCUCUCAUCUCCAUACUUGUUUAUGAAAGUGACU